AUGAGCAUUGCGUCCUUGACAAAACUCUUGCUCCAGUUGAUCGUUAUCAUUCUGAUAUGUUCCACAAAGUCAUCUGCUAAACGAAAGCUUUGCGGUGCUGCGCUGCAAUCGCAUUUGAUUCGUGUUUGCACAUUCGCUUAUGAACGAACACCGUGUUUCAGUUCCAAAUUUCCAAGAUCCAAUUCAGUUCGAAGUAGUGGUGCGAGGGCCUUCACUGGAAUAGCAAAUAAAUGCUGUGAAGAAGGCUGUACGAUACUGGAUAUGAGGGCAACGUGUUGCUUCAGGUUGUCCUGUCUGAGGAGAUGCUAUCCGAAUUCUGGAUAUGGACGUCGCUUUAGAGCUGAGGAUGACGUUAAAAUCGUUUGA